AUCUGUUCGGAAAAGAAGAGAGGUUUCUCCGUGUUACGUGGGGACAACAAUGGACACCCAGAAGGACGUUCAACCCCCAAAGCAGCCAAUGAUAUAUAUCUGUGGAGAAUGUCACACAGAAAAUGAAAUAAAAUCAAGGGAUCCAAUCCGUUGCAGAGAAUGUGGAUACAGAAUAAUGUACAAGAAAAGGACUAAAAGAUUGGUGGUUUUUGAUGCUCGAUGAAAGAUGAAAUUCAGAGGAAUGUCUUCAUUUGGAUUUGGAUUUGCUAUUAAUGUUGUCGUAUAGCUUUUGAUUAGUGUACUUUAU